ACUCUCGAAAAUAAUUUUAGGAGCUUUACACCCUUAUAAAGCUUGACGUGAACUUGAUUUUCAUUCUGUUGAAUUUUACAAUUUACAAAAUUUACAUUUAAAAAACUACAGCUUUUUCAUAAUUUUGCUACAAAAAUUCUGUUAAAAAUAAUUUUACGAAUUUUACAAAACUUGACGUGAAUAAAACAAAGCUUAUUAUUUUCCUUCCUUGUUCCCCGAGUGGACACACUUCUUCCCUCGAGAAAAGAGGACAAAAGUGGUCUGUUUCCUAUUUUACGUAAAGGACAAAAGGCCUCUGUUUCGUUCCGUUGCGUGGAAAAUAAAGAAGAAUUGAGGAGAAAAAAAAGCCGAGACGGAUUAAAUUACAGGAGAACAAACCGGGACACGUGUUCCCAGUCUCAUUUGCAUUCUCAACCAGCCUUUCACCUUCCUUGGCCCCGAACAUAAUGAGAUUUUCGGAAACAACACGUUUUUUUGGGUCAUGUUAUUGAUUAUUGAUUUUCACCCGUUUUAUUUAACCAAGGGAAAUUUGUAAAUAUGCGAUGGAAAGAAGUCGAAAGUGUAUAUUUUACAUAUUUUGGAUUGAAUUUAGAUUUUAGGUGUUGUACUAACUAAUAGAUUUAAAUGGAUUUCAAAUUUUGCAAAUUCACUGGCAUGGUUCAAUACAAAUUGAGUAAAAUUCAUAAAAGUAAAAGUAAAUGUCAUACAAUUUUUGUACAUAGAAAUAAGAAAUUUCCAGGAUAAAUUUGUAAAUGUGCGAUGGAAAGCGUCGAAAGUGAAUAUUUUACAUAUUUUGGAUUCGUUGUAUAAUUAAAUUAGGUACUUACUCUAGGAAUUCAUUUGUACUUGAAAUUUUGGAAAUUCGUUGGCAUGUUUCUGUAAAAUCUGAAUAAAUUUCUUACAAUUCGUGUGCAUAGAAAAUGAUGCAAUGCAAUUUACGCAGAGCUUGACAACUUUGUAAAAGUAUUUAUUAUUGAUUUCCAUCCGUUUAAACUAACAGAAAUUUUUAAAUGUGCAAUGGAAAGAAGUCGCAAGUGAAUAUGUUACGUAUUUUGGAUGUAUUUUAGACUAAAUUUAGGUAAAUCAACGGGAUAGCGUUUUGACGGUAAUUCAACCACAUGUUUCUUCACUAACAACUGAGUAAAUUUAGUAAAAUUUGUGUACAUAGAAGAUAAAGAAAUUCACGCAGCCCUUUGUAACUUCGUAAAAUUAUUAAUUUCCACCCGGAAAAGGUUUUAACUAGCAGAAAUUUACAAUGGAAAACGUCACAAGUGAAUAUUUUACAUAUAUUGGAUUAGCCUUAGAAUUAAUUUAGGUAAGUAUAACUUGUUUGGGGAAAAGUGAAUAUGUAAAAUUUUGAAAAUCCACUAUCAUGUUUCCUAAGUAAAAACUGAGUAAAUUAGCUUCCAAAGGGUUAUAAACAUACUCCAAUUCCAAUCCACAAUAAAAAAUUUGUAAAAUUAUUUUACAAAACGCACAUAUUUUGUAAAGUUAUCAAUGACUGCGUGAAUUGCCUCGGAUGUCGAUUUUAAAACCUCAUUUUAUUAAAAAUUCUCACACUCUCGAAAAAAUUGUGCACCACUAGUUGAUUAAAAAAAAGUUGAUAAAAUUUUCUACAACGUUGGACAAAAUUUUUACUCCACAGACUUGAAAUUUACACAACAACGUUGUGUAAUGUUUGCUUUGGUCAACCUUGCGCAAAACUUGAUAUUUUUGUUGACUAAAUCUAAUUUUCAUCAUUAUUGGGCAAUUAGUUCCCAAAAGUUGAAUAAUUUUUACUCAACACUUGUAAAAGAAUUGGCUUUUUGAAGGUAGUGUAAAAUUCAGCCAACUUUCAGUUUACUUUUUACACAAUAGUUGUGUAAAGUUUACUCUCGCGACGUCGCGUCUCAAAAGCAGCGUGGAUGGCGCCACUUAUAUACUGACGGUUGACGAAAGGAUUGUCAGGAAAUUAAAUCCUUUCUCUUUUCCUGUAAUUUUCCACCAAAAUGACCGAAAAUUUGGAAAAAGCUUUAAAAAAUACCGGAUUAAUCCAAUAUAAGGACAAGUUCCAAGAGAACGAUGUCGACGACACAAUCUUCUUCAAGUUGUUGGAUAGUGCCGCUGGGUCAGUGGAAGAACGUUUGUUGGCAGAAAUAAUUCCGUCCGUUGGUCACCGAUUUAAAUUAAUUUCAGCUGGUAGAGAGGUAAGCAGGUCAAGGUUAGAAUUAGGUCAGGUUAUCUCACUAGACUUUGCCUGUAGUAUUUGCGGAAGUACUUUUAAUUCCUUUCAAGUAUAUUGGAAUCACAUUAGAGAAUUUCACGAAAUAACGAAAGGAAAAGCUAGAUUAAAUUGUCCUUUGUGUACAAUGAUUUUCACAGACUCGGAAAAUCUUCAAAAACAUGUCAACAGAAAAGUUUGUCCAGUAUUUCAAAAAAUUUCAAUUAAGUUUCCCCAGAUUUCCCCUAAUGAAGAGAAUGAAAUGGGAAGAAAUAUUGAGCAAGAAUUAUUUUCACCUGAGGUCAUUCGUGAAAUCCAUGAGGAUUACAAGUUGGCUUUUAUAAAAUCAUUACAAAUGUCAGGUGGAAUUUCAUUAUCAAAAUCAAAUGAAAUUUUAAUGGCUGCUAAUUCAUUAGUAAAUAGUAUAAUUGCAGUUGCCACAAACUUUUCUGUCAAUAAUACAAGUCAGGAUCAACUUUUAACCCACCUUAAUAGUUUAAAAAAUCCAUUUCCAAAAAAUAGUUCAUCCCAAUAUAAACUGGAAAAACUUUUAAAAGAACGAUCUUUAUUAGUCGAAGCAAAGGAAAUAAAAUUAGGGUCUCACUUUAAAUUCGACAAAAUUAAAGGAAUGAUGCAAGAAAAAAUUGACAACGCUUACCAUUUUCAAUUAUCUGAAACUCUACCGACAAUUCUAUCGAAAUAUUACAAAGUGGCAGAUAGUAUACAAGUAAAUUCAAGUUCAGAAUAUUUUGAGAACUUUAAGUCAGGUUCACAUUACAAUAAUUUCAAAAACAAUCCUCUUUGCUUGCAGAUUUAUUACGAUGAUGUUGAAAUUUGUAACCCGUUGGGAUCGAAAGCUAAAAUACACAAACUCGCGAUGUUUUAUUUUAUUAUAGCCAAUUUUCCUAACCAUUCAAAUCGCAAACUUGAAAAUAUUUUUCCACUUAUAGUUGUUAAAUCCAAAUUUGUAAAAGAAUACGGAAUGAAUUUAAUUUUACAACCAUUGGUUUAUGAAUUAAACUCGCUGCAUGAAAAUUCUCAAAGACUAAGCUUUUUAGAAAACACUCCUUUUAGUCAUAUUCAAGUUCUCCAGUUCUGUGGCGAUAAUUUAGGGAUGCAUACAAUUUUUGGCUUUGCUGAAAGUUUUAAUGCGAAUUUCAGAUGUCGUUUUUGUAAACUAGAUAGGGAACAAACUUUCACAGCUAUUGAGGAGUCGGUAAAUAGAAGGCGAAAUUUAGAAAAUUAUGAAAGGGAUUUAGAAGUUGGAAACGUUAGUUUGACGGGAAUUAGAGAAAGGUCAAUUUUAAAUGAUAUUAAAGGAUUUAAUGUUACAAAUAAUUUUGCCCCUGAUAUUAUGCAUGAUAUUUUGGAAGGAAUUUGUGUCACUGAAUUGAAGUUGUUUCUGAAACAUGUUACUCAAAAUCGUAUUUUAUCAGUUAGUGAGAUUAACCACAGGCUAUCGUCUUCUUUCAACAAGAAUGGUCAUGCAAUAUCAGUUUCCAGAAAUAGAUAUUGCUUUUAUUAAUGGGGAGAGAAAAUCUUGUUUUUCUGCAUCAGAGACAAGCCAUUUUUUCCUAAUUUUUCCUGCAAUAUUUGGAGAUAAGUUCAGCAUGUCGAAUAAGCACUGGGAUUUAGUUUUAAAACUUCGUCGAAUAUUACGAAUUUUAUUGGCACCACAAAUUAGUAGGUCAGGUGUGCAUUUGUUAAGUUAUUUAAUAGCUGAGCAUCAUCAGGCCUUCAUUAGUUUGACAAAUAAUAAUUUAACGCCAAAGUUUCAUCAUUUACUACAUUAUGCUCACGCCAUAGAGCAGUUAGGCCCGUUGAAACAAUACUGGUGUAUGCGAUUUGAGGGAAAACAUCGUCUUGCUAAAACAAUUGGAAAAAAUUGUUAUAAUUUUAGCAACAUUGCAAAAACAGUUUCAAAGAGAAUGUCACUUAACUUGGCAUUUUUAGUUGGAUGCGAAAUAGAGGGGGAUAUAACUUACAAAUCUGGCUCACUAAUUGCAUUUAAGGAUAUGAAAAUAUCUUUUGACUUUUCCAAACUUUCCAAAAAUGAGUUGGACGAGGUGCUUUGUGUUGACUCGGUGACCGCCAAGGGUACCAAAAUCAAACCCAAUAAUUAUUUCAUUUUGAAGGUCCCAUCACUUAGUUCACAAUUUUGUCAAAUUAUCAUGUGUCUAGUUCACAAUAGCAAAGUUCAUUUAGUUGUCAGGCCGGUAAAAUGUGAGGAACAUUUUAGUUAUUCGUACGUGUUUAAAAUAAUUGACUUUGAUAAUGCGUUAUUAGUGGACUUGGACGCCAUAGAUUUGGAGUAUCCAUUAGUAAUUGUGAAUAAUAUUGAAGACCCGCAAGGUCAUGGGUUCAUUUGUUGUCCCAUUGAGUUAAUCUGAACAAAGUUUUGACUCUAUGUACGUAUGUAGGCUAAAAUAGUGUUUAAUCUUAAAAUAAGUAGAUUUUUUACGCAUAUAUUUAGUUAGAUAAGCAGACUUUUGAAACUGACCAGCGAGCACUAGGAGAUA